AUGGACAGCAGAUGCAGCAGCAUCGAUUCGCGGCUGACCGGCAGAGGGAUGGGGUCUAUUAGCAGCACGCUCCUUUCUGCUAGGGUGGAGUCGUACGAAGCCGUGGAGAAGAAGUGCAUCUCAGACGUGCGGAGGACGUUCUGCCUCUUUGUCACCUUUGACCUCUUGUUCAUCACUCUGCUCUGGAUUAUUGAGCUAAACGUGAAUGGAGGCGUUCAGUCGCAGCUGGAAAUGGAAGUUCUGCACUAUAACUACCAUGCCUCUUUCUUCGACAUCUUUCUGCUGGCUGUCUUCAGGUUCGCAGCUCUCAUCCUGGCGUACGCCAUCUGUAAGCUGCGUCACUGGUGGGCGGUCGCUAUAACCACUGCAGUCAGCUGUGCUUUCCUGAUUUUCAAGGUCAUUAUAUCAAAGCUGCUCCUUCAGGGCGCCUUCGGUUACCUGCUGCCCAUCGUCUCCUUUGUCCUGGCCUGGAUAGAGACGUGGCUGCUCGACUUCAAGGUGCUCCCCAAGGAGACCGAAGAUGAAAACAGAUAUCAGUCAUUCGUGGACGCUGCUGAGCCUGCUCCUCACAUGGGUCCUGGUCCUUUAUCUGACGGGCAGUUUUACUCUCCGCCGGAGUCUGUGGCAGACUCUGAUGAAGAUCUGGAGGAUAAACACGAUCCAGAAAAAGGCCUGAUUCAGAAAGUCUCCUAACAGCUCCAUUUGCUGGAGGGCCAAAUUCGUACCUUUCAACUGCGGCCGGGGGCCACACAAAAUGGUCCCUGGGCCUCACUUUGGACACCCCUGAUGUUCAGCUGAUUUUAUUUACGAAGUUCUAAUUUCAUAAUAACCAGCUUUCUCUUAAUAUUGGUAAAUAGCGACACAACAGAAUUCCAGAAACAACAUUUCCAUUCGCACAGUUCCUGGUUAACUGGUUAAUUCUUGGCAUUAGUUAGUAUUCCAUAAUAGCUGCAACACCUGAGCAGGAACCAACCCCUGUUCCCCUCCACCUCCCCCUCCGGUUGGCAGACCAACUAUAAAGGUGCAUUAUCGCCACCUGCUGGACUGGAGUGGGGACAGGAAUGUAACAAAAACAAAUCCUUACAGGUUUGCUUUUAUUUUAAUGGAUUAACUCCUGAAGGACUCUCAGUUGUGCAGUUAACAUUUAGUUUCCUCAGUGCUUCUCCUUUCAGGUUAAUGUUAAUUGUACUUUAUGAAAAAAUGCUGUAGAGAUUCAAGCAAAUUGCAAUGAUCACAUAACCCAGAUGUAUGCUUUCCAGUAACUUUAAAUGUCAUGAACUGUGUGGCCUAUUCUGAGAUGACAAGGAGACUGAGAGAAAGGUUUGAUAUUUAAAAGGCAGUGUUUAUUAUGCCUGAAUUUAAAUAGGCUGUUUACCUUUUUGACAGGUAAUACGUAGAUAUUUUUAUUUAUUCUGUUUUCUGUAACUUGGCACUAAAGUUCACUACCGGGGUUCUAUUUUAUCUGGAUAACAUUUUGUAUUUAGAUUUUUUUAUUUGAUUUGAUUGAAUUAUUUGUUUACUUGCAUUUUCUCUUUCAUGUAUUUCUGUUAUUUAUGAAAUGGUUUAAGUGAUUAAAUUCGAUUGAUCGUCGGAAUAGUCAAUACAAUACUCAGUUAAUCAAACAAUCAUUUGCUACAGCCCUACUUCAAGGUUCUCAGUAUUUAAAACCAGGGUAGACCCAUACAGUAUGUGAUGAGUAUAUUCAACCUUUUACCCUUUAAAUGGACACACACCCUGUAGGGAUAAUGCAUUGUUUUUAUGUGCUCUGCUGUGCUGCCUUUCAAUCUAAUUUAGUUUGAAUGGGAUUCAGAUUUUUCAUUUCAUAUCAAAUAAAAACUAAGAUUGAAACUAAA